AUGCGUGGUGAAAAAAGUGGUGUACAAAAACGUAUUCUUGAAAUUAAUCCACUUGCUUAUUUUUUACCUUGCGGGAAUCGUAGCUGGAAUCUCAUCCUAGGAGAUGCAGCAUCGUCUUGUGUCCAAGCGAAAUCUUAUUUUGGUUUGCUACAAAAGUUGUACACUCUGUUUGCCGGCUCAAGUCAGAGGUGGGCUAUUUUAAAUGCUCAUGUAAAAUCGUUAUCGCUAAAACCACUUUCUGAAACUAGAUGGGAGUGCAGGGUAGCAUCGGUGAAGGCUGUUAAAUACCAACUAAGCGAUAUAUGUGAUGCUUUAAAGGAUUUAGCAGAAAAUACAACAGAUUGUCAGUUGGUCAGUGAAUGCCAUUCUAUAGAAAACGAAAUAACUACCUACGAAUUUGUAGUUUCACUAGUCAUAUGGUAUGAUAUUCUAACAAAGAUAAAUGUUAUAAGUAAAAUGUGGCAAAACGAACACAUGCACUUAGAUGUGGCUAUACAACACCUAGAUGCAUUCACAAAUUGGCUCGAUAAUUAUCGUGAAAAUGGUUUUCAGUCAUCCCUUGUAACAGCGAGAGAAAUAGCCGAGAAAAAUGAUAUUGACAAACAGUUCAAAGAAGUCAGAAGAAGACGUUAA